CAUUCAUUAGACGCUGUCCCUAUUUUUACACCCCCUGCUUCACAUCAGACCAUGGGUCGUCCUCAACCUGGAUAUGGAAUGCCUAGCAAUGCUUCAAGAAGGCUUGAUGAAACUAUGGCUACAGAAAUUGAGAGUUUGAGCUUGUCAAGCAUGGAGGCUAUGCAGAAUGUUCUGGAACUCCUAAGUGACAUGCUACAGGCAGUAAAUCCUGGUGAUUCUGCGGCUGUAAAAGAUGAAGUGAUAGUUGAGCUUGUUAAUAGGUACCGCACCAACCACAAAAAGCUGAUGCAGAUGCUCACUUCAACUGGGUUAGUUUCAUCUAUAUAGUCAGGAUAUUUAAUU